AUGUACAAGGGAAUAGUAACACAGAGGUCAGUUGCACUCUUUUCGACUUCAUCUAGGUCUUUACAAGGUCGUAGUCCACUUCAGAUUUUCCGUGAUACUUUCAAGAAAGAAUGGGAGAAGUCUCAAGAGCUACAAGAGAAUAUUAAAACAUUACAGGAUGCAUCUGGACGUUUAGGUGAUUCUGAAGGUGUGAAAAGAGCCAGAGAAGCUUAUUUAAGAGCUCAAAAAGGAUCUACCAUCGUUGGUAAAACUCUACAAAAGACUGGUGAAACGGUUGAAGGUAUUGCUAGCAAGGCAUGGGAAUCGGAGAUUGCCAAAUCUACUAGAAGUGCAGCAUCUGCAACCGCUAAAAAACUAGAUAAGAGUUUUGAACCAGUGAGGAAUACCAAAAUUUACAAGGAUGUUUCAGAAGUCAUGGAAGAUGCAGACACAUCUCGUUAUGGUGGAUUUUUAACGAAAGAACAGAGAAAAAUAAAGCGUGAAAGAGAAAUUGCAUCUGGUAAAAGAGCCAGAGCCAUUAGAAGUAACGAAGAAGCAGGUACCGCUUUGGUGGCCACAAACAUCGAAGCUAAGGAAUCUUUAGGUAAAAAAGUGGAAGAUUUUAGAGAAAAGACCUUUAUUGGUCGUGCUAUUCAACAAUUGAAAGUAAGACUUUGGAACGAAAAUGAAAAUCCUCUAAUUGUAAUUUUAAGAAAGAUCACUAAUAAGGUUGGUGGAUUUUUUGCUGAAACCGAGACUGCUAAAGUUAUCGGACAGUUCAAAUUGUUAGAUCCAUCGUUUACCAGUGAAGGUUUUACUAGACAAUUGAGAGAUUAUGUCAUCCCUGAAGUUUUGGAAGCUUACGCUAAAGGUGAUGAGAAAACAUUGAAAAAAUGGUUUAGUGAAGCUCCAUUUAACGUUUAUGCAGCUCAACAAAAGUUCUUCAGGGAUCAAAAAUUGUUUGCCGACAGUCGUAUCUUAGAUAUUAGAGGUGUGGAUAUCGUUAGUGCCAAAUUGUUGCCACCACAAGAUAUCCCAGUUCUAAUUGUUGGUUGCAGAGCUCAAGAGAUUCAAUUGUACAGAAGUAUAAAGUCUGGUGAGGUGGCAGCAGGUCACGAAUCUAACAUUUUAAUGAGUUCGUACGCAAUGGUCUUUACUAGAGAUCCUGAAAACGUGGAAGAUGAAGAGACUGAAGGGUGGAGAAUCAUUGAAUUCGUUCGUGGUGGUUCCAGACAAUUUACCUGA